AUGGAUAAACAAUUGGACUCAGCUCCCUCGCCUCGCCACUCGCCUCCUGUAAAUUACUACUCUUCAGACAGCUUUCAAACAUCUAACAACGAUCAUUCUUACGAUGAACAGGACCCAACCAGACAAUCUCUCCUUCCAUACGAUCAGUUAACUGGCCAAAGUGAAUCUACUUCAAUACAUCAGCAGAGGCCCUCACCAUAUCGCCGUAGCUUACCAAGCUACUUCCGAGAUGGAAAUUCCAUUUCAUCUGAGCUUCUCAAUAUCGAUACUGACUCGAUAAGCUCGAGGCGUUGGGCACAGCGUCAAACAUACAACACAGGAACUCUGCGGAGAUAUCCUACACGUCGAAUCAAGCUUGUAAAAGGAACGGUCUUGAGUGUGGACUACCCAGUGCCCAGUGCGAUCCAGAACGCCGUUGAGGCAAAAUACCGAGGUUUGGACGGAAGCCCAUCUGAGGAGUUCACCCAUAUGAGAUAUACGGCUGCUACAUGUGACCCUGAUGAGUUCACUUUGAAUCAUGGCUACAACCUUCGCACUUCCAUGUAUAACCGACACACCGAGAUGCUGAUCGCCAUCACCUACUACAACGAAGAUAAAAUCCUCACUGCAAGGACCUUGCACGGAGUAAUGCAAAACAUUCGCGAUAUAGUCAAUUUAAAAAAGACGGAAUUUUGGAACAAGGGAGGCCCGGCAUGGCAAAAGAUUGUUGUUUGUCUGGUCUUCGAUGGGUUGAAACCCUGUGACAAAAAUACGCUCGACAUUCUAGCAACGAUCGGGAUCUAUCAAGACGGAGUCAUGAAGCACGACGUGGAUGGCAGAGAGACAGUAGCCCAUAUUCAGUUUGAGUAUACCACACAGUUGUCAGUUACUCCUAAUCAGCAACUGGUUCGGCCCCAAGGUGUUGAGUCGACCAACCUGCCCCCUGUUCAGAUGAUUUUCUGUCUCAAGCAAAAAAACAGCAAGAAGAUCAAUUCUCACCGGUGGCUGUUUAAUGCAUUCGGUCGCAUUUUGAACCCUGAAGUAUGCAUUUUAAUUGAUGCAGGCACGAAACCAGGGAAUAAGUCUCUGUUAACACUUUGGGAGGCAUUCUAUAAUGAUAAACACCUUGGCGGAGCAUGUGGAGAGAUCCAUGCUCUACUUGGCCACCGCUGGAAAAAAGUACUGAAUCCGCUAGUCGCUGCCCAAAAUUUCGAAUAUAAAAUUUCCAAUAUCCUCGACAAACCUCUUGAAAGUAGCUUCGGCUAUGUGAGUGUCCUCCCAGGAGCAUUCUCAGCCUAUCGGUACCGCGCAAUAGUCGGUCGUCCUCUUGAACAAUAUUUUCACGGAGACCACACGCUUUCUGCAAGACUUGGUAAAAAAGGGAUUGAAGGUAUGAGUAUAUUCAAGAAAAACAUGUUCUUGGCCGAAGACAGAAUUCUCUGCUUCGAGCUGGUUGCGAAAGCAGGAUGUCAGUGGCAUUUAACAUAUGUGAGGUCAUCAAAAGGAGAGACCGAUGUCCCUGAAGGUCCAGCGGAGUUCUUGAGUCAACGACGACGCUGGCUGAAUGGGUCUUUCGCAGCCAGUCUAUAUGCAACAUUGCACUUCAACCGAAUAUACAAGAGUGGGCAUAACUAUUUUCGACUCCUUGCCUUCCAUAUCCAGCUGGUUUACAAUAUAUGCCAGCUGGUCAUGACUUGGUUCUCUCUUGCGUCCUACUGGUUGACUAGCUCAGUCAUAAUGGAUAUUGUUGGGACACCAAGCCCAGUUAACAAGUUCACAAGCUGGCCAUUUUCAAGUGAUGUCACGCCUUCUUUGAACAAUGUCCUCAAAAUUGGAUACUUGGCAUUUCUCAUGCUUCAGUUUAUCCUGGCACUUGGCAACCGGCCGAAGGGGUCAAUUAUUCCUUACACGCUUUCAUUGAUCUAUUUUUCACUUGUCCAGGCCUAUGUUCUGGCUCUAUCAUUCUAUCUCGUCGCUCAAGCACUUACCGGUAAGAAUUUGGAGUUCAAUGUCCACGAUGGUGUUGGAGGCUUCAUAAGCUCUUUUAUUUCAUCGACCGGUGGAAUCGUUUUGAUCGCACUUGUCUGCACUUACGGGAUCUACUUCAUCGCUAGCUUCCUGUUCAUGGACCCAUGGCAUAUGUUUACCUCCUCUUGGGCAUACUUCCUCGGUAUGCCAUCGUCAAUAAACAUACUGAUGACAUAUGCAUUCUGCAACUGGCAUGAUGUGUCAUGGGGAACCAAGGGUUCUGAUAAAGCUGAGCCUCUCCCUUCAGCACAGACAAAGUCAGAAGAAGCCCAAGCAGUCUUUGUGGAAGAGCCAGACAAACCACAGGCAGACAUCGAUACUCAGUUCGAGCUCACAGUCAAGCGAGCUCUCGCUUCAUGCACUGAGCCUGAAAAGAAAGAAGAAAUCAACUUGGAUGACUCGUAUAAGUCGUUUCGCACAAAUUUGGUACUGCUUUGGACUUUCAGUAAUGGGCUCUUGGUUCUGUUUAUCAACAAUACUGGUAUUCAACAGCUUUGCUUGACAAACACCUCGACAACCCGUACUGCGUGGUAUUUCCGAGUCAUCCUUUGGGGCACAUCUGGUCUAUCUAUGUUCCGAUUUAUUGGAGCUAUUUGGUUUUUGGUUAAAACUGGAGCCUUAUCUUGCUUCUCGCGACGUUAA